AUGGCCGGUGGCUACACGAGGGAGCAGGCAGCGGCGGCUCUGGCCGACGCAAGGGCGGAUUGGGCUGGCGAUGAUGGCUGGGAGGAGCUGAUAAAAAUGUUACCUGCACCUUCUAGUUCAAUGCCUGAUGAAACACGCAAUGAGACUCAAGGUCAAGGAAUUCCAAUUGAGAAUGUAGUGCAUGAUCAAUAUGACGGAGAUGAAAAUCCAUUUGAAAAAAAGAAAAGGAAGAAGACGUCUAAAGUUUGGGAUGAUUUCAAAGAAGUUUCACUUCCUAAUGGUUCGAUAAAGUUUGAAUGGUCAAAAAGUGUUAAUGCAGUGGUAAAUUUCAAGUACAAUCAUGCAAAGGUUAGGGAGUUAUUUUCUCACUUGAUUAUGGUUCAUGAGUUACCUUUUAACCUUGCUGAGUAUGAGUUGUUUAAUAUAUUCAUGAGAAGUGUCUCUCCUAAUUAUGAAAAGAUAAGUCGAACAACUGCAAGAAAUGAUUGUUUUGCUAGUUAUGAGCUCGAGAAAAAGAAAAUUAAGGAAUUAUUGAAGAGUGUAAAUAGAGUUAGUGUGACUACUGAUUUAUGGAAAUUAGGACAGAAGAUUCAAUACAUGGUUGUGACUUGUCAUUUUGUGGACUCUAAUUGGAAAUUACAAAAACGCAUUAUAAAUUUUUGUAAUGUUCCUCCACCACAUACUGGGAUUGUUAUUUGUGAUGCAUUGCAAAGUUGCUUGUCUAAAUGGGAAAUAGAAAAGAAGAUUUGGACUGUUACAGUGGAUAAUGCAAGUUAUAAUGAUUGUGCUGUUAGUCUUUUGAGAGACAACCUAGCUUGCCAAAAGAAUCUUUCUGGCGAUGGAAAGUUUUUUCAUGUUAGAUGUUGUGCACACAUUUUAAAUUUGAUGGUACAAGAUGGAUUGUCUGAAAUUCAAGACGUGAUUUAUGUUGUUCGUGAAAGUGUAAAGUAUAUUUCCAUUUCUAUACCCCGUCUUCAAAUAUUUGAUGAUAUUGCCAGACAAUUGAAAUUGCCUAAUAAGAAACUUAUUCUUGAUUGCAACACAAGAUGGAAUUCAACAUAUGCUAUGUUAGUGACUGCUUUAGAGUUUAAAGAUGUGUUUCCAAGGUAUCAACAAAGGGAUCCACAUUAUUCUUAUUUACCAUGUGAGGAAGAUUGGAGAAAGGUUAAAGUUGUUUGUUCAUUACUUGGAUUAUUUAAUGAGAUCACUAAAAUCAUUUCUGGGAGUGAAUACCCAACACCAAAUUUGUUUCUUCCUGAAUUGUGGAAUAUAAAAACAACUUUAGAUGCAACAAGUGUUAAUGGUGAUGUCUUCAUGAGUGCCAUGGCUGUAAAAAUGAAAAAAAAGUUCGACAAGUAUUGGGGUGAUUGCAAUGUGCUUAUAUCAAUUGCAACUAUUUUGGAUCCUAGAAAUAAGAUGAAGUUGAUUGAUUGGUGUUUUCCUCAAAUUUACAACAGUGAGGUUGUUGCUAGUCACUUGAAAGAAGUUCGAGAUACUUUAUAUAAGUUAUAUGAUGAGUAUAUUGAGUUUCAUAGAUUAAGCAACAUUGAACAACAAGUUGAAAUUGGAACUCAUAUGGUUGAUUCAGGCAGCUGUUCGAGUGGCUUUAAUGUAAGUGGAAGGGCAAAAUUUUAUAGUUUUAUAAGAAAUGUUGACACCAUUCAAUCGGUAAAAUCAGAGUUAGAUAUUUAUUUGGAGGAAGGUGUUUACAUAUGUAGUGAAGUUGAGGCCUUUGAUGUGUUGGAUUGA